AUGAUAAAUUGUCUUUCCUAUAAUUUGAUGGCUCUCCUCACUCCCGCAAAUAUUGCUUUUAUUUUUAUUCCUCACCCGGUUAUCAGUGUUUUUUUUUCCCCUUUUGUUAACCGUGAGAGGGGGAGUGAAUUUUGUUCACCGCCAUUUUUCCAAGUGCGCCAAAAACUGGUAGGGUUGGAGGGGAUGCCCAGCAAGCGUCUUGUGCGGCAUGGUGCUCGGGGCUCGCAACAGGUGCACAUGAACAAGGUGAAGUUUGAUCCCUAUCGCUUCAAGGUAAAUGACCAGAAGCUCCCACCGGUUGUUUUAGCGUUCAUGACUAGUUUAUGCUGUCGACGCUGCUGCGACAUUUUGCAGUGGAAAGUGGAUUAUGGCAAGUACAUUCCUCUGGAACGUCAGCGGAAGUGCAACUGCUGUCAAGAAAGGACUGUGACCAUCGCUUAUCAUCAUAUCUGCCAGCGGUGCGCGACGGAAAGGGCACGUUGUGCAAAGUGCCAGAAACCCCCGACACUGGGGAAUUCAAUGACGGGCACAGAAAAUAGAGGUGAUGACACGAACGCCGAAGGCAACGCUAAUGCAGAUAUCAGGGAGCAGGAGGAAGAAGAGGAAGAGGAUGAGGCUGCAGAAGCCAUGUCGGCAGGAAUGCCAAAAGGCGAGUUGUCAGGUAAAUACGUCUUUGUGGACCAAGAGGACUCGGAUGAGGAGUUCUGGCCACUGCGAGGAUUAGACAUCCGACAGCUGAAGCAGCGGAAGAAGGAAUUAGCAAGGUUGCAAGAAAAGGAUCGUGUUUGUCGCUUGCGUGAACGUGAGCGACGAACAGUAUUGCGAGGAGCUUUAAGGGACCCUGGGGCUGACGAGGGAGCGGAUGACAGCGACGAGGAAAUCUGA